GGCUUGGUGAUCUGACGUCAUGAGACUGCGCGGCGCUGCUGUGUCUGCGAUUCGUCUGAAGAAAGUUAUUCUCAUCUUAAACAGAUUGCGCAAACAGAGAAACUCCUGCUGAAGCAGCUGAGAUCCACGUGACUCACUUUUAUAAAGAUGGCGUUUAUUAAAGAGGAGAGGGAAGAUAUAAAGAUUGAAGAAGUAUUCAGUCUGAAACAAGAAGAUACUGAGGAACAAACAGACCAGAUGGUGAUGAAAGAGGCGAGUGAAGUACUAGACGAAAUGCAAGAUAAAGAUCAGUAUAAGGAACAUCAUGAUUUCAUAACUGGACAAAAAUCAUUUAGUUGCUCACCGAUUGAAAAGACUUCCUCAAGAAAAAGAGCUCAAAAAACAGGGACUAGGAGUCAUUUCACCUGCCAACAGUGUGGUAAGAUUUUCAGUCAACAUGGAAACUUUAAAGUCCACAUGAGAGUUCACACUGGAGAGAAGCCUUAUACAUGUCAACAGUGUGGAAGGAGUUUCACUCAACAAGCAACCCUUAAAAGCCACACAAGUGUUCACACCAGAGAGAAGCCAUACACAUGCGAACAGUGUGGAAGCAGCUUCGCUCAGCAAGGAAGCUUUAAUAGGCACAUGAUACUUCACACCGGAGAGAAGCUUUACAACUGCAAACUGUGUGAAAAGAGCUUCACUCAAAAAGUACACCUUAAAGUCCACAUGACAACUCAUGCUAAAGGACACUCUUUCACCUGCCAUCCGUGUGGGAAAGGUUUUAACAGAAAAGAAGACCUUGAAGUCCACAUGACAGUUCACACUGAAGGAAGCCCUUUUACCUGCCAACAGUGUGGUAAAAGUUUUAACAAAAAAAGAAACCUUAAUGCACACAUGAAAAUUCACACUGGAGAAAAGCCUUACUUGUGCACUCAAUGUGGAAUAAGCUUCAACCAAAGAGGAAACCUCAACAGGCAUAUGAAAACUCAUACUGGAGAAAACAGUUUUUCCUGCAAACUGUGUGGAAAAUGUUUCAUUCGAAAAGGAAACCUUAAUUACCACAUGAGAAUUCAUACCGGAGAGAAGCCUUACACAUGCCCUCAAUGUGGAAAGAGUUUUACACAUAAACAGACUUUUAAAGUCCACAUUAGAAUUCACACCGGAGAGAAACCUUACACCUGCGAACUGUGUGGAAAGAGCUUCACUCAAAAAGGACACCUUAAAGUCCACAUGACAAAUCACACAGAAGGAAGCUCUUUCACCUGCCAUCCGUGUGGGAAAAGUUUUAACAGAAAAACGGACCUUAAUUCCCACAUGAAAAUUCACACUGGAGAAAAGUCUUACACAUGCCUUCAAUGUGGAAGGAGUUUUAUGCAUAAACAAACUCUUAAAAUCCACAUGAAACUUCACACCAGGGAGAAGCCUUUCACACGCCUUCAGCUUGAGAAAAGUUUCAAAUAUCGAGACCUGAAAUGUAAUUUGCAAGCUCAUUCUGGAAAGCAAUCGCAGAGUUCUGAAUGUGCUAAGAGGUUUAGAAAAAGGAGACGGUUUAAAAAUCACCUACACAUUCACUCUGGAGAAAGGACAUUUAACUGUGGUCAGUGCAAUAAAACUUUUCUUUUGCCAUCGCAUCUACAGAUACACCAGAAAAGUCAUGCGGAUGUGAGACCCUAUUUUUGCUCUGUGUGUGGAAAGAGUUUCAAAUGGCCCAGCAAUUUAAAAUGGCACCAGAAAAUACAUAUCUGUAAAAUUAAGGCUGCAUUCACACCGCAGCUGAAUGUGAGCCAAAUCUGAACAUUAGUCAAAACAUUUGAUUCAGAUUGGGGAACACAGUGUGUUCUCAUUGUUAAAUUUGUUUUUCAAAGAAUCCUAUGUGUCUUCAUUGGUUAAUCUCUGUGUUGACUGUAUAUAUUUAAAGACUUUGUAUUACCAAUGUUUUUGACUAUUUGAUGAAGAAAGAUUUUUUUUGGUACUAUUAAAAUAGAGUUUGAGAG